UCUGACAACAAUGUAACAUCAUUUUAUUAUAGGUAUUUUACUCAACACAGAUAUGUCCAAAGAUGUGUUUAUUGUAAAAGCGUUUUUUUUUCUUUAUUUUACAUGAAGUAUGGCAUAUAAUAGUUUGGAACAUGAUGAUAAUUGUUAUAGUACGAUAGAUGAAAAUAUUUUUGAUGAUACAUCUAUAAUUCCUUUAGAGAAGGAUAGUUUCGCAAUAUGCGAAUUGUGUGGUCGUGUUGGACGCCGAGGGCAGUUCUAUCCAAGGAAUAAUAAAUUUUGUUCACUUCGUUGCAACGCUAGUUUUUCGAGACGAAAACACAUUAAUUGGAGAUUCAAACUAAUGGAGGGUACAGAUCACAUGGCAGGGAUGAUUCCACUGGAGCCUUUACCCCAACUCCAGCAAUGGCAUGCCACUUUGAGUGAUUUACAGGCAGGUCCCAUUAAGCAAUCGGCAGCUUCAGUUGCGAACAGUUAUGAAUGGAAAGAUGAGUUAUUUGGUUGCGAUUUCCUUGCUGCACCAGUGAGUCUUUUCAAACAUGCACCUCUUCAUGAAAUGUGGGAUAACACAUUUGAGGGCAUGAAGGUUGAAGUGAAGAAUACAGACUGUGAUAAUUAUUCUGAAAAACUUAGUGAUUACUUUUGGGUAGCUACAGUUUUAAAAGUGAAAGGCUACAUGGGACUUCUGAGAUAUGAAGGAUUUGGGAGUGAUGACUCUAAAGAUUUUUGGGUGAAUCUGUGCUGUUCAGAAGUUCAUCCAGUUGGCUGGUGUGCUACACGAGGCAAACCACUCAUACCACCACGAACUAUAGAAGAUAAAUAUACUGACUGGAAGAAGUUUCUUGUCAAACAACUAACGGGUGCACGUACACUACCGGCAAAUUUUUAUAGUAAACUGAACGACAGUCUUGUUUCUCGGUUUUCUAUUGGAUCAUUAAUGGAAGUUGUUGAUAAAAAUCGAAUCUCACAAGUUAAGGUUGCUACAGUAUGUGAGAUAGUCGGCAAAAGAUUGCACGUCAAAUAUUAUGACAGCUCUCCGGAAGACAAUGGUUUUUGGUGCCACGAAGAUUCACCUCUUAUACAUCCAGUGGGCUGGGCGUUCCGGAUCGGACAUCCAUUAGAUGCUCCUCAAAAUUACUGUGAACGAGUUGCAACCGGUCGCUUAUUUUCAAACGACAGUACAAAUGACAUGUUCUACAAAUAUCCUUCUAAUGAACCACCAUUGUUUAUGGAGGGUAUGAAAAUCGAAGCCAUAGACCCUUUGAAUUUGUCAGCAGUAUGUGCUGCUACAGUCAUGCAGAUAUUGAAUGAGGGGUAUAUGAUGAUAAGAAUAGAUUGCUAUCCGGCUGAUGCAAACGGCGCUGACUGGUUUUGCUACCACCAGAGAUCGCCCUGUAUUUUUCCGGUGGGGUUCGCUAUGGCAAACAGCAUUCCAUUGGUUCCACCUGCAGGAUUUUUGCCUGAGGAAUUUCAAUGGGAAGAUUACUUGGCUAUGACCGGAAGCAUCGCGGCGGACCGAUCCCUGUUCAGUGCUAGAGGUCACGUCGUUUCGCACGGCUUCGUCGCUGGAAUGCGACUAGAAUGUGCCGAUCUUAUGGACCCGAGGCUCGUUUGUGUCGCGACGAUAGCUAGAGUUGUCGCGGACUUACUGAAGGUCCACUUCGACGGUUGGGGUUCUGAGUACGACCAGUGGUUAUGGGCGCACAGCACCGACGUGUACCCGGUGGGAUGGUGUCGCGCCAUCGGACACCGGCUCGAGGGACCCCUGCAGCCGCCGCCGCGGGUGCCCAGGAAGAACCAACCUCGGCAGCCCAAGAAGAAACGGAGACAAGUUACUAAAGUAGCCGCCCAUACACUGAAUUCUACAGAGGAGAGCUCCCAAAACUCAGACAUCGGCGAAACAAAGAGUCUAUCGCCGCAGACCAGCGUUUCUGAAGUAUCAAUGGACGCUGAAGCUGUUGUACCAAAAGACGAUCAAUUGAUAAGCGAAGUUAAUAUGGAAUUACAACAAGAGCAAAAAGAAAAAACACCCGAGAAACCUAAUGUAUCUCCAAUUUCGCCCAGGCAUGAUUUUAUGGAGGACAUUCCAAUGCAGGAUGAGAAACCUUCGAUACCUGAAGAAUCCCCUUCCAAAUCUUCAGAAGGGUCGAGCAAAGAAGAAGAAGAGGAUCCAGAUAAAGUGAUACCGAGACUAGUCAACACUACAGUGCCCUUAGAUAUAUUAAAUUCAGUUGAUCCUGAAAACUGGACUGCGGCUGAUGUUGCGAAAUUUCUGACGGUGAACGACUGUCAAACGUACUGCGUUAAUUUUUGCAAUAUAACAGGUCCGAUGCUACUGCAGCUGUCUAAAGAUGAAAUCAUAGAACUAUUAGAAAUGAAAGUUGGACCUUCACUUAAGAUAUUCGAUUUAAUACAACAACUGAAAUGUAAAAUUAAACAACCCCAGUGCAGAAUGUUAGUAAAUUUUAAGUAGUUUCUUUUAAAUAUUUUAUAAUAUAGAAUUCAUC